AUGGCCGCCGCUAUUCUCAACGGCACUUCCCCCAACCCCGAUCAACAACUCAUCAAGAAGGCUUACAAGCUCAUCCCCCGUCUUGCUUCAACUGAGACUGGUAGUGCUGCUCUGCAAGAGCGCAGUGGUGAGCUGCAGGCUCUGAUGCUGGCCACAUCUGACAAGACUCCUGCAUCUGGUCGCCGUGACCGCAUGCUCGCCAUUCACGAGCUGAUCACCCAUCUGCCCACCUCUGAGCUUCACUUCAUCCCGGCUAUCUUAUCCGAGGUUGUCCUGGGAUGCAAGGAAAGCAACGAAAAGGCCCGUACCGCCGCUUUCGAUCUGCUGAUCCACCUCGCCCACCGCACCACCGACCCCGAGCGUAACCCCGAGGGUACUGUGAUUCGCAACUCACUGGUGGCUCAUAUGCCUGACGACUCACCUGACGCCCCUGCUACCAUUGAGGAAUUCUUCACCAUGGUGUCUGCCGGUUUGGCUGGCUCCUCUCCCCACAUGGUUGCUGCGUCCGUCACUGCCCUGUCCCGUCUCUUCUUCGAAUUCCACACUCAGCUCCGACCCGAGGUGCUGUCUGACCUCGUGGCUACCGUCGAGCUCUUCCUUACCAGCAACAACCGCGAGAUCGUCCGGUCCGUCCUUGGCUUCGUCAAGGUUGCCGUUGUUGUUCUUCCUGAUGAGGCCCUGCGGCCCCGUCUCAAUGCCCUUGUCCCCAACCUUAUGGCUUGGAACAAGGAGCACAAGGGUCGUCUUCGCAGCAAGGUCAAGGGUAUCAUCGAUCGUCUGGUUCGCCGCUUCGGUGCUCCUCUCAUGGAGAGCCUGGUCGGUGAAGAUGACCGUAAGCUGGUGGUCAACAUUCGCAAGCAGCGUGAGCGUAACAAGCGCAAGAAGAAGGAGGGCGCUGAGGAUGACGAUGAGGAAGAUGAGAAGCCUGCCCAGCAACAAUCCGGCGGCAACGCCUUUGACAAGGCCGUCUACGGCUCUGACUCUGAGGACUCAGACGACGGGUCUGACGAUGGCGCCAGCGACGUCGACGUCGAUGAGACCGCUCGCAUCCGGGGCAAGGGUGCCGGUGGCAGGAACAAGGGUCACAGCACCCAGUACAUCCGCGAGACAUCUCCUGACGACAACCCGCUGGAUCUGCUGGCCCCCGACGCUCUGGCUAACAUCUCUACAACCAAGCCUAGCCUGCGCUUCCUGAACACCGGCCCCGGCUCGAAGAAGAAGCGCAAUGCUAAGUUCGACGCUGAUGGUCGUCUGCUUCUUGGCGAUGACGAUGCUGCCGAAGAUGUUGAGAUGGGCGGUGCCCAGGCUGGCGGUGUCAAUGCCUACCUCGAGGCUGUCAGUGGACCCGAUGCUGUCCGCCGCGGUCAGAAGGGUAAGGUCAAGAUGGGUCAAGCCAAACGUGGCAGUGAUGCCAUGGACCUCGACGAAGACGAUGAAGGCGCUAUCAAGGAGAGCAUUCAGGGUCGUCGUGGUCUGGGUGCUCCCAAGACCCACGGCUCCCCUGGUGGAGGUCGUAUCGAAAAGCGCCGCACUCCCUUCAAGGGUCUUGGGCUUGUCUUGUCAUGA